AUGGCGAAGCGUCCACCCUUUGAUCUCCCCUCCCCCUUCCCAUUUCCCCGCUUUUUUGUCUCUCCCUUUCCCUCCCGUGACCUAGCCAAGAAACAAACGUCACGCAUCUCUCAGCUCACCUUCUCGCUCAUAAUCCCCACUCUCCCCUCGUUUCCCCCGCUCUCCGUUCAUUUCCGCUGCUCUCCCCUCAUGUUCCCCGCUCUAGCUUCCCCUUCAUAUCACGCUCUGGCUGUUUCCGCCACGAGUGGUGCAGGCCAAGCUUCAGGCGAAUCCGAGCCGUCCGUAUCGGCUCAGAUCCUCGAGAUCGGGGAAGAGAGUUCCGGCGGGAAGUUUCUCGGAAGGUUCUUGCAGGAUGACGUGUUUCCGAACCAGAUAGUUCUCGAGGCGCAGGCGCGCGUGUGCACGGGACCCACGCAGACGCGGCCGCUGGGCGAGGAGGAGAUGCGGCGCGUGUUGGAGCAGAUCUUGCUCUCAGGAGUCCAUGAGCUGAGCCCAGCCCCCAUUGCAAGAGUGCCCUCCUUGACCCACUACGGGGAGCCCUACGAUGGCAGCACGCGCUACUUCCGCCCGACGCUCUUCGUGGCAGCGGUCAGGGCGAGCUGUGGGGAGGCGUGCCUGCUGCAUGGGGUGGACGCCUUUCCCCCCAAGCUAGCGGGGGUGGCGGAGCGGCUGCAGGUGGAUCCGCGGAAGGGUAUCAGCGGCACGGAGGAGGACGUUGCGCGCCGCCAGCUGCACUUCGGCGCCAACACGUACCCUGAGAAGCCCGGCAAGACCUUCUGGUACUUCGUGUGGGAGGCAAUGCAGGACACGUUGGUGCAGAUCCUCUUUGUGUGUGCCAUCGCAUCCAUCGCUGUCAGCAUCCCCGCCGAGGGCUCCCUGGAGGGGCUCUAUGACGGGCUGGGGAUCUUCAUCGCUCUCUUCCUCAUCAUCACUGUUGCUGCGAUCAGCAACUACCGGCAGGCAGUGCAGUUCCAGAAGCUCAACCGCGAGAAGCAGAAGAUCCAAAUCGAGGUGACACGGUCAGGGCGGCGGUGCAAGGUGUGGAUAGACGACCUGGUGGUGGGCGAUAUCAUCCACCUCUCCACCGGCGACCAUGUGCCAACGGACGGGGUGGUGAUGGAGGGACACUCGCUGGCAGUCAACGAGUCGAGCAUCACAGGGGAGUCAGAGAACAUGCACAAGGACGAGGCCAGCCCCUUCAUUCUCGCCGGCUGCACCAUCAUGGAUGGAUUCGGCGAGAUGAUGGUGACGGCAGUGGGCAUGAGGACGGAGUGGGGCAAGGUGCUGGCAACCAUCACAGAGGACAGCGACGAGCCCACACCGCUGCAGGUGCGGCUGACCAGAGUGGCAGAGCUGCUGGGCAUCAUGGGCAUCACUGUGGGCGUGCUCAUUUUCCUCAUCCUCAGUAUAAGGUACCUGGUGACGGAUGCAGACUUCAGCAACUUCACUGCCAAUGACGUCAGCGUGCUGCUCAGCUACUUCACCAUCGCGAUCACAGUGCUGGUCAUUGCAGUGCCAGAAGGCCUUCCCCUCGCUGUCACCCUCACUCUGGCCUUCUCAGUGACAAAGAUGAUGGAGGAUAAUUCCCUGGUGCGGCACCUACAAUCGUGUGAGACGAUGGGAUGCGCCACCACCAUAUGCAGCGACAAGACCGGCACGCUCACUCUCAACGAGGUGUGUGCUUUUGAGGUGCCUCACAAAGGGACUCGUGCGGCACAUGGCAGCAUUGCCACCCAUUCCUCCUUGCCUCCCAUUCCCCUGCACCUCCCGUGUUCGCCCCCCCCACACACGCACACAGAUGACAGUGGUGCAGGCGUGGGUGGCAGGCGACUUCCACAAGCCCCACAAGACCCACUCUCAUGUGCCCGCGCCGCCCAUUCACCCGCGCCUCUCAUGUUCUCCCCAUACACACAUGCCUCCCCCCCCUCCACACAGAUGACAGUGGUGCAGGCGUGGGUGGCAGGCGACUUCCACAAGCCCCACACCGUCCGCACUGGCGUCUCCACACCCGUCGCUCAGCUGCUAUACCAGGCCAUCGCAGUCAACACCAGUGGAUCCGUCGAUGAGCCUCCGGGCAUGCCACCUGUCAUCAGCGGCAGCCCCACAGAAAAGGCCAUCCUCGCCUGGGGAGUCUCGUUCGGAAUGCGCUUCCACGAGACCAAGGGCCAGUGCGAGGUGGUGGCAGUGCAGCCCUUCAGCUCCACACGCAAGCGCAUGGGCGUGCUCAUCCGCACCUCCGAAUCCCCCACCACCACCACCGACUCCCUCACCGCCGCUUCUCCCUCCACCACCGGCACCACUGGCAGCACCAGCAGCGCAGGAACCGCCGGAAGCACCACCCCGGGGAGCCUGCGCGUGCACUGGAAGGGCGCAGCAGAGGUGGUGCUGCAGCACUGCGGGCACUACGUCAACUCCCUGGGCAGCAUCGUGCCUCUCACCGAGCCCAAGCGCAUGGAGCUAGAGCGAGCUCUGCGAGACAUGGGAAAGGAGGCUCUGCGCACGCUGGGGUUCGCGUUUCGGGACUUUGACAAGCGCACGGGGGUGGAGGGGAUGCCGAAGAGAGAGGACGGGAGCGUGGGGGUACCAGAGGACGAUCUAGUGUAUGUGGGGUUUGUGGGGAUUAAGGACCCGUGUAGGGUGGAGGUGCCGGAUUCGGUGCAGCACUGCCAGAACGCGGGGAUUGUGGUGCGCAUGGUGACAGGGGACAGUGUUGAGACGGCCACGGCUAUCGCCACGGAGUGCGGGAUUCUCACGGCGGGCGGCACUGUGAUGGACGGUGCUCAGUUCCGUGCCAUCCAUGAAAACGACCUCCCCGCCACCGUUGACCGCCUGCAGGUGCUGGCACGUGCGUCCCCCACGGACAAGCUACAGCUGGUGCGGGCGCUCAAAGAGAUGGGGCAUGUGGUGGCCGUCACUGGUGAUGGCACCAACGAUGCCCCUGCGCUGCAUGAGGCGGACAUAGGCCUUGCAAUGGGGAAGUGCGGGACAGAGGUGGCGAAGGAGAGUGCGGACAUCAUAAUCCUGGACGACAACUUUGCAUCCAUAGUGCGCACCGUGGUGUGGGGGCGCUCUGUCUUCGCCAACAUACAGCGCUUCCUGCAGUUCCAAAUCACUGUGAAUUGUGUGGCGCUGACGCUCAACUUCAUCUCCGCCGUUGUCACAGGGGACGCGCCCCUUACGGCAGUGCAGAUGCUCUGGGUAGAUCUGAUUCAGGACACACUAGGAGCGCUCGCACUCGCCACCGAGCCCCCCUCCGACAAGCUGCUGGAGCAGCCGCCUGUGGGGCGCAGCCAGGAGCUGGUAUCCGCCGCCAUGUGGCGCAACAUCAUUGGGCAGACGGUGUACCAGCUGUCGCUGCUGUGCGUGCUGUGGUUCAAAGGCAUGGAGCUGCUUCAGCUGCCGGGACCUCCAGGCGUGCCGCGGGUGAUCGCCAAGGGGGGAGAGGAGAUUUCUGAAGGGGAGAAGCAGCUUGUUACCAUCAUCUUCUCCUCCUUCGUCUUCAUGCAGAUAUUCAACCAGCUGAACUCGCGCAAGUUGGAGGAGUGGAACGUGUUUGAGGGGCUGCUCACCAACCGCCUCUUCAUCCUCAUCGUCGCCAUCGAGCUCUCCGUGCAGGUGCUGCUGGUGGAGCUGCUGGGAAAGUUCGCGGGCUGUGUGCAGCUGACGAUGCUGCAGUGGACUCUCUGCUUCGUGCUGGGGGCUGGCUGCGUGCCCUUCGGCAUGCUCACCAAACUCAUCCCCCUGCCAG